GGCACACGGCGGCGGCGGCGGCAGCGGCCAUAUACUUACGGCAUAGAAGCGCUUCAGGCCGAGGCAGUGCUUUCUCGACGUACGUCGUGUAUAGUACGUAUAUAAUAAAACUCUACUGCAUUUUCAGUAGUAGCAACAUAUAGAUGAGCGCAGUAUUUGAUCGAAUAAGCGAAUUCUCAUAGCGAGCGACGAGCCUGACCUACCGUGUGUAAUUUGUAAAGAGAAAAUUGCAAAGCGUCGCGCGGCGCUUUGGUAGCAGCAGCAGCAGCAGCAGCAGCAGCGCAGCACCAGGCAGCAGGCAAUUGCAGCAGCACUCAACAGAUUAAGGCAUUGAGUGAGGUGUGGCCAACAGCCGCGGGCAGCCAUCUUAUAAGCCUGUUGUUCUACACCCUGUCGGCCUCGCCGUGGCAACAGGAUUCAUGGCUGCUAUCAGAAAGAAACUUGUGAUUGUUGGUGAUGGUGCCUGUGGUAAAACUUGCUUGUUGAUUGUAUUCAGCAAGGAUCAAUUCCCAGAGGUCUAUGUACCCACCGUAUUUGAAAAUUAUGUAGCAGAUAUUGAAGUUGAUGGCAAACAAGUUGAACUUGCCUUAUGGGAUACUGCAGGGCAAGAAGAUUAUGAUCGACUGCGUCCUCUUUCAUACCCUGACACAGAUGUUAUCUUGAUGUGUUUUUCAAUUGAUAGUCCUGACUCCCUUGAGAACAUUCCAGAAAAAUGGACUCCAGAGGUCAAGCAUUUUUGCCCAAAUGUACCAAUUAUUUUAGUUGGUAACAAAAAAGAUCUGCGUAAUGAUCCUAGCACUAUCAAGGAACUCAAUAAAAUGAAGCAGGAGCCAGUCAAACCUGAAGAAGGUCGUGCCAUGGCUGAAAAAAUCAAUGCCUUUGCCUACCUUGAGUGCUCAGCUAAAAGCAAGGAAGGUGUAAGGGAAGUCUUUGAAACAGCUACCAGAGCUGCAUUACAGGUUAAGAAGAAGAAGAAGGGAAGGUGUAGGUUGCUUUAAGGUGUCACGCCAAACAAGCCCGAUAUGAAUCGGUGAAUUAAGAAAUUGCGGGGUUAGCUAUACCAAAAAGCUAGUUGUCAUGCUUAUGCCCCUGCAUCAACUAUAUCAUAAUAUCUUAUCUUUAAUUAUUUUACAUAAUAAAAACAAACGAAAAAGGAUAAAAGUGAAGUGAAAGAAGAAACAAAACCAUACAAUCUCAACAGCAGCAGCAGCAGCAGCAAUAUGCUCAGACACGCGAGGCGCAAAUAUUUCGCAUCUCGACAGAUUUAACUGAAGAAAAAAAACUUGAUAAAAACUAUUUGAUAUAUUGUAACUAUUGCUUGUGACUUCACUCUUUGUAUAAGCAGCUGUUACAUUUAUGUAUUCCGAAUCAUCCUCUUACCAUUUGGCAUUGACAGCCAAAUAAGUUUUUGUAACACUUUGAAACUCCAGUUAUACACUUGUAAAGUAAGGACAGAUCAAAGGAGAACUUGAAUGUUUAAAAAGUUUCGAAAGCUUUUCAAAAAAAUUUUAUAAGGUCCUUGCCUUUUGUGUAAGACCUGAUUGCUAAAAUACGUUAUUUUCUCGGAUACAUAAAUGGCCAUUGGAGCUGUAUAUGUCGAUUAGACCUUUUUUACUUUUAAUUAAACUGAUCUUUCGACAAACUGGCAGCUUUUAUUGUAACAAUCUAACAAAAACAGAGUAGUUUUUUAUUAUAUCUAUUUUUUGCAAAUUUGUUAACUAUUAACGCUAUAUGGAAAACCUGAAUGUUUCGUAAAUCAAUGAUGGUUAUUGAGAAAAAAUCGUAAAAAUAGACUGCAGAUUGUAUAAAGUAUAUACAUAUUUUUAUUCUUGUUCGGAUAUCAUUACAUAAAACGCGUGUCCGUGCUAAUUAUUAGUUCUCUUUUUUAUACUUUAAUAAACCUUUCGCUAUAUAUAAAAACUUGAGCGAACUAUUCAUAAAAUUAGUUUUCAUUUAAUCACUGUGCAAAGAGAAAUCUAUACACAUCAUGUUUGCAGAAAAACUAUUUAUAUAUUUUUCAUAAUUUGAAAAUAUUUUAUUGAAGUCGAAUAAAAUGGUUAUUAUAAAA